AUGUCGAGUCACGGAGAUCAUCCCACCAAGUCGCAAUCCAGCGUGCCUCCUAAGUCGCCUGGACAUGACCAGCUGCCUCCUUGGAAAAAGGUGACCGACACCUCCAAGAGAUUCGUCAAGCGCGAUCCCCAACUGGCGCCGCUGGGAGCCAUUCGCGACAUGUUCAUGAACGCACUCUCUAUUCCAUUGACAGUGCUCGGCACGGUCGGCCUCUAUCUCUACUUUUCGCGCUCGAAAGUCUCCGAGGCCGCGCGCGAGGGCAAAGGAGCCACAUUUCCCAAGCACAAAGAUGCCAAAGCGUCCGGUCGAGGCUCCGACGCACCUGUGGUUACCGGCGACGCGCCCGCCCGACCCAAAGGCGCGUACUAUGCCGAGUCCGGCUCCGCCCCUGGAGGAGUCGCCCUACUGCUCUAUCCGCACCUGGACAAACCGGAGCGGGAGAACCUCGAGAACCUCACCGUGCCCCGAAACGAAGGGAUCUUUGGCAAGACCAUGAAGCAGGCGGCGGUAGCCGAUCAGAUGCAGAAGAACCGCGACGCUGAAAGGGACCUCAAGGGCCAGGAAGACUUUCCUCGAGGAAGGAAGCCCAGGGAGGAGGGCGACUCGCUGCUGACCAGCAACGAGAAAUUGGCAAUUCUGCACCGCGAGAAGCACGCUCCCUAG